CAAAAUUUCCCAACUUAAUAGAUAAUCAAUGAACUCAGUAGUAGCAGAAUUUGAAGGAAUACUUGUGAAAAACCCGGACCCGUUUUCGUAUUUCAUGCUUAUAGCAUUCGAGGCUUCGGGUCUUACCCGAUUCACGAUACUUCUCCUAUUGUGGCCCGUUAUUCGGUUUCUUGACUUGAUUGGCAUGCAUGAUCUUGGGUUUAAACUAACCAUUUUUAUUUCGGUUGUAGGGAUUCGGAUAUCCGAAAUUGAAUUCGUUGGUCGAUCCGUUUUGCCUAAGUUUUAUAUGGAUGAUGUUGAUAUAGAAGCUUGGAGGUUGUUUAAUCAAUAUGGUAAGAAAGUUGUGGUGACUAAAACUCCUAGGGUUAUGGUGGAGAGGUUUGCUAAAGAGCAUUUAAAGGCUAAUGAUGUUAUUGGAAAUGAGUUGAUUGUCAAUCGGUUCGGAUUCGCAACAGGUUUUAUUAUGGAUGUUGGGUCAGUUUCGGAUCGAGUUGUAAGAUUGUUUGGUAAUGAGACACCUUCUUUAGGGUUAGGAAGGUGCAAUAGUGAUGAUUAUAGAAAAUUCAUGUCACUUUGCAAGGAACAAGGCCAUGCACCAUUUACCUUGCUUCCCAACAAUCACCGUAACCUAGACCGUCCAUUGCCGGUGAUCUUCCACGAUGGUCGGUUAGUGAAGCGGCCAACGCCCUUCACCGCGUUAACAAUCCUCUUAUGGAUCCCUAUAGGUAUAGUCCUAGCCAUAAUACGAAUGUUAAUGGGUCUAGUCUUACCAAUAUGGACGAUGAUCCCUUAUGUGACCACCGCUUAUGGUGGGAUCGUACGAGUUAAGGGCAAGCCACCGUCCCCACCGUCUGAUCCUAAUGGCUCUAGCGGUGGAGUCCUCUUCGUAUGCAAUCACCGAACCCUAAUGGACCCAGUCGUUCUUUCCUACGUACUAGGCCGUAGAAUCUCGUCCGUUUCAUAUUCUAUUUCUAAGGUAUCUGAAAUACUUUCACCCAUUCCGAUAAUCCGCAUAACACGUAUUCGUCAUAUUGAUGCCGAAAAAAUUAAAAAGGAGUUAAAAAAAGGGGAUGUAGUGGUAUGUCCCGAAGGAACAACUUGUAGGGAACCUUUUCUAUUAAGGUUUAGUCCGUUAUUUGCCGAGUUAACUGAUAAAAUUAUUCCCGUAGCUCUAAAUUAUAGUGUUGGAUUCUUUCAUGCAACCACUGCCCGUGGGUGGAAGGGUUUGGACUCAUUUUUCUUGUUCAUGAACCCUAGACCGGUUUAUGAGGUGACCUUUUUGAAUCAGUUACCGGAUGAGGCAACUUGUUCAGCCGGUAAAAGUCCCCAUGACGUGGCAAAUUACGUCCAACUUUUAUUAGCUGCUACUUUAGGAUUCAGAUGUACCAACUUUACAAGAAAAGACAAGUAUAAAUUGCUGGCAGGAAAUGAUGGAACGGUUUCGCGUCGGGCCAAGAGACCAUGGCUUGUUAGCCCGAACAAGAGUUUACUUUGGCCUGAUCGCAAAGGUGUGGAUUCAAAUAUGAAGAGUGAUCCAAUUCUAGAUCGGCUUGGGAUCGCUUCCAAGAAUCAUGUUCCCAUCACUCUCGUCUUUUAUUUUAUCUCAACCCUUGUUUUGGUUAAUGUGGUUCUUCUGCAGGUAGUUUUUGAUCUUCAGUAUUCCUUCUCAAGGGAGUACGAGUAUGAAUUGUCAGUCACCUUCCGUCACUCAGACCCUAUUUUCGAGCGAGAUAUUGGGUUGAUGAUGAUGGUGAAUGUUUAUGAGUGA